GCUGCUCAAACGGCCCAUUACGCGCUUUUUGCCGUUGGCGCUAAGAAGUAAGUGAAAUCACCUCAACCUUCAAAAUCAUCCCUUAUUGGAAAUCAUUCACAAAAACAAAAAAAGGAAGAUGAAAGACCGCAUGUCUUGGUAUGAAUUGUGCAUUUCAUUAUGUUAAUUGUCAAGUAAUUCUUUUAAACCAUCUUUACUAUAGUGAGUUUGCCGCUGACUAUAAAAAUAUUGUGUUUCACGUCUUUGAAUUGGUUAAUGAAAUAUGAUAUCGUGUUCGUAUCAAUUGCAUUCUAUUCGAAGUAAACCAUCCUCCAACAACGAUCAAUGAGAUGUGGCUUAAUGUAAUGUAUUAUGAACUCAAAAUUUCAAAAGCUUUGCGGAUCGAAUAUGAAAAUGGGCUUGGGAAGAAAACUGGUCCGCACCCUGUUGUAGCCCACCAAGUGUAGAUCUGAUUCUUGCUUGCCAUGGCGUUAAUGACACUUCAAAUUGGCAUCAAAUUCACAGGGAACGUCAAGUUCGGGAAUGAACACUGAUAAUCUUUCAGGGAUGCCUAAAUAGAAUCGAAUAAUAAUUUACAAUCAGUUUGGGGUAAAAACAAGCUUAUUAUUCCUAUGGAAGUUUUCUGUAAUCUUUAAACUACCCGAAUUACAAGCUUGAGAUAAUCCCAACUAAUUUCGGAUAGCUAGAAAGGGAAUUAAUAAACUAUAGUUUUGCCUUCUUUUAAAUGGCAUUUUCAUGUCGUAAAGCAGCAUCUUUGGGAUUUCAAUAUUGCCAUCAUAAACUGACCCAACCUUCACCAAUCGCCACGUCUGACUCUCUUUUUCAAAGGUGUCCUUGUCUAAUCUCUGUAAGCAAACAAGUCAAUGCAAGAAGUAGGAUCGCACGCUGUUGCAUGAUUUUUUUUUUUAAUUAUCAUAUUCUCACAUUCAAAUCGCCAUGAACCCUUCGUGGAGUGGUUCCACGUCCCGUUUGCCGCUAGUCCGACGUCGAAGAUCUACCUUUGGCAAGUUCAAAAAUGAUACCCAAAUAACAAGUGAUUGGAACUCUUUUGACGACGAGGAUGAAAUAACCACCCCAGAAGAAGAUAACCGAAGACGAUCCCGUCUCAAUCGAAGCUUAGACAACAUCCUGGAGGCACUCAACAACAUAAACCUUUUUGAAACCGCUCACACUGCAACCCCUAAGAACAAAACAAUGCCACAGAAGAAGAAAUUACCGCCGCCAGUGGCACCUUUGGAACUAACAAUGGAUCCACAACCGACCGACGAUCAACAUGACGACAGUGACAUUGGCCAUGAUGUUGUUUUAAGGCAAAAAAGCAAUGCUUAUUCUGGUUCGGAGGGUACCAACAGGGCAACGAGCUCUUCUCGUUCACUGGAUCUUCCACCCAACGUGAAGUCUCCAACAAGCAAGUUCUUGGGCGUGUUAAAUACGGAGUGGGAUACUUACCAGGAUAAAAGAAACGGACGGGUCUUCUUCCACCAUUCCUAUAGUGGGAAUAGUCAAUGGAAACCCCCUCGUCAAUCAUCCAUUCCCGUCAUCCCCAGGAACAAGCAAAGUGUCUUUACUUACGAUGAUUCUCAAGUUUCGGAGGCGAAUGAAACCACCGAGGAUGAAUUGAAGUCACCAAUUAAAAAAAACAACUCCUAUGUUAGAGACUCCAUUAGGAAAAGUGAUCAACUUGAUAUUGAAGUCCCAACUGGCUACGUUCAAAUCUACGAGAAGUCUAGUGGAUACAUUUCGUACUUCGAUCCCAUGUCAGAAAUCACUUGGCAAACAUCUUUAGAUGAAAGUAAUACGCUUUACUUCUUUAAUGAAAGUGGAAAAUCCGUUUGGAAUUUGCCAACAAUUCACACCUCCAUGAUCGACUCGAACUUUUCGACGCCGCCGAGAUUGAAUAUCAUCCGCGCGGGUUGGUUGGAUUACAAAGGCUCGUACGGGCAAACUCCUUCAAGUAAAAAGCCCAAGUGGUGCAAGUAUUUUGCUGCCUUAGUUGACGCUCACCUCUUGCUCUUCGAAGAUAAGAGCUCUUACGAACAAAUUUGGAUUCCGACCAUCACGGGCGAGCUUUUGAAGAGUGGUAAUACUGGUAGCGGAAACUCGGCAAAAAAUGAUAAGCGAACGCGGGAUGAAAUCCCUCACGUUAGUGUGGAUCUGAGUCAUUGCUGCUUGUCUUGGGGCAAGAUUCACAAAACGAAUUUCCUGCUGAAACUUCAAUCUGAUAUAGAUAAGAAUUCAUCCAAUACCAAGCUGCGUUUCAAUAAAAGUGACGAGGCCGACUGCUGGUUCCAAGACUUGAGUCAUAGCGUGAAGCAAACCGUCAGGAACACAGGGACACCGCAUCUGACUCGGAAAAAAUCUACAAGAGAACACCCUGCCAGUAUCUCCGUACCAGCGAGCCCAUUGUUCUCUUCUCGUGGAGGAGCAACCCAUCGGCAGUCAAUCCAACACCUUUCCUCAAGUACCGUAAAAGAGACCAAAGGCAGUAGUUUGAGUUUAAAAGCAUCUUUUAGAGGCACAAGAGAAAAGAUCGGCGAGAUCUGGAAUCGAUCCAAUAAGGUCAGCCCAGCACAAACAGACUCAACCAUUGUACCAGAUUCGGAUAGCUCGUGUCCAAAACCAGGGAACGUUGAUCCACCCAAGACUUUCAAAUUAAAAAGAGAAGGUUCAUUUCUACAAAGCUUCCGGAAACCCAAGGCCAUGGACGACGGUGUAAAACUCAGAGUCAAGAAGACACAAUUGGAGCGGACUCCAAGUAAGCAGAAAAAAAUCAACUACUUGACAGCGUUCAUCGGCAAUUCUCGAGAUUCAAAGAGACAGUCCCGAGAGAGUUUGGUGGAACGUGGCAUCAUCAAACCUGCCUCCGUUUUUGGGAACUCUCUGUCCAAGAUGAAGCCAGACCCAGCCACCGGAUUACCCGAGUUCCUCGUUCGAGCCACGCAACGUAUUGAGACAUUUGCCGACACUGUUGGAAUCUACAGAGUCAAUGGUGAUGCUGCUAUUGUGCAAAAGAUCAGGCUGGAAAUUGACAACGACAAUUAUAGCAUGCUCGACUCAACGAACGACGUGACCCUCUUGGCCAGCUCAUUGAAACUUUUCUUCAGAGAACUUCCGAGCUUUAUCAUUACCAAGGACGUUUGCCUGGCCAUAGCGCCUUACAUUGACUCAAAAGACAAGGACACCGUGAUUCCUAUCAUUCAGAAGGCCAUUGAGUGUGGUGGACUUGACAUGACGGCGCAAAAGGUCCUAGCACAUCUGAUGGCUCACUUAAACCGCUUGUCCAAGAUGCCGGAGAACAAAAUGGACGCCAAGAACCUGUCGGUGGUUUUCUCGCCAAACUUGGUGGAAAAUGCCGUGGGACAAAGGAGACACGAAUCCAUCAUGUCGGAAAUGCAUUUAAAUAACAUGAUCGUUGAGCUGUUGAUAACGCAUGCGCCAGACAUCUUUGCCUAUAUCCAUAAAUGAAUAUACUGCCGCGGAAAU